CCCCCCUCUCUCCCAAACUCACAGGUCACAGCAGUCUAUUAUAGAAAUCAAAAUCAACUCCUCUCUCUCCCCCUCUGCUCUGCAACUCUUUGUCUUCAAGUAGAAGAAACAGUUUCUCUCUGUUGCUUCUCUACUUUCACUCCUCUCUCCUCCUUCUUCACUUACUUAAAGUAUCAAAUCCAUUAAAAAAAAAGACCACUCACACAAUGUUACUCACUUUUUUUGCAGCAGAUACCAUGUGACCUUACCUACUCACCCUCUCUAUUUCCUCUCUCUCUCUCUACACUUCCUCCACCGAGUCAGCUUCCCCUCAAGGACUCACUGAGUCAACUCGACUCGACUCAACUCCAGUUAAACUGAACUGAACAUACAUUUUUAUUUUAUUUCCCUCCCGGAAUGGCGUCAUCUUCCAGAGCGAGAAGCAGCUCUCCAUUCUCGUAUCGAAAACCGUCAAGUCCUUACUCCUCAGCUUCUUCAACAACAUCUUAUAAUAACAGGCUAAUGCCACGUUCGUGCUCGACUUCUGCUUCUUCAUUUUUCGGUUCGCGAUCCGUGACGCCGAGUCGAGAUCGGUCUGAUUCAAUGCACUACGGCCUCUCAAAUGGCGUCGGUGCUUAUGGUGGUAGUCUGAAUCCGGUCGGGUUCGGGUCGGAGGAGUUGAUUGCUGAACCGAUUGAUCAACCGAGGAAUGGUGGUGAUAGUAUUUCGGUUACGAUUCGGUUUAGACCGUUGAGUGAAAGGGAGUUCCAGAGAGGAGAUGAAAUAGCAUGGUCCGCGGAUGGAGAUAAGAUUGUGAGGAACGAGUAUAAUCCAGCUACUGCUUAUGCAUUUGAUAAGGUGUUUGGACCGCACACAGCCUCUCAAGAGGUGUAUGAGGUUGCCGCAAAACCUGUGGUCAAGGCUGCAAUGGAAGGUGUUAAUGGAACUGUUUUUGCAUAUGGUGUUACUAGUAGUGGAAAGACACAUACUAUGCAUGGAGACCAAAAUUCUCCUGGUAUUAUACCACUUGCCAUAAAGGAUGUUUUCAGUAGCAUCCAAGAUACUCCAGGAAGAGAGUUCCUACUACGCGUGUCCUAUCUUGAAAUUUACAAUGAGGUGAUAAAUGACUUGCUUGACCCAACAGGUCAAAAUUUGCGUGUCAGGGAAGAUGCACAGGGCACCUAUGUUGAGGGUAUAAAGGAAGAAGUGGUUUUAUCUCCUGGGCAUGCACUUUCUUUCAUUGCUGCUGGAGAAGAGCAUCGCCAUGUUGGUUCAAAUAAUUUUAAUCUGUUCAGCAGCCGAAGUCACACCAUAUUCACUCUGAUGAUAGAAAGUAGUGCUCACGGAGAUGAAUACGACGGAGUGAUUUUCUCUCAACUUAAUCUGAUUGAUCUAGCUGGAUCUGAGAGUUCCAAAACUGAAACAACUGGAAUAAGGAGAAAGGAAGGAUCUUACAUAAACAAAAGUCUUCUAACUCUUGGAACUGUGAUUGGAAAGCUGAGCGAAGGAAGGGCAUCUCAUGUUCCAUAUCGAGAUUCCAAACUUACACGCCUUUUGCAGUCUUCGUUGAGUGGGCAUGGGCAUGUUUCACUUAUUUGUACCGUCACUCCUGCAUCAAGUAACAUGGAAGAAACUCAUAAUACAUUGAAGUUUGCUAGCAGGGCAAAGCGAGUUGAAAUAUAUGCUUCACGCAAUAAGAUUAUUGAUGAGAAAUCUUUGAUCAAGAAAUAUCAGAAAGAAAUCUCAAGCCUCAAGCAGGAACUUGAUCAAUUAAGACAUGGGAUGCUUGCUGGUGUUAGCCAUGAGGAGAUUCUGAGCUUAAGGCAAAAGUUGGAGGAAGGUCAGGUGAAGAUGCAAUCAAGGCUUGAGGAAGAAGAGGAAGCCAAGGCUGCUCUAAUGAGUAGGAUUCAGAGGCUAACUAAACUCAUACUUGUCUCUACAAAGAAUACGAUUCCUGGAUUGACUGAUGUUCCAGGUCACCAGCCGAGUCAUUCUGUUGGGGAGGAUGAUAAAUCGGAUGUUUUGCGAGAAGGUGCUUUACUUGCAGAAAAUGAGAAUCAAAAGGACUCUCCAUCUUCUGCUUCUUUGAUAGCAUCGGAUCUAACUUACGAAUUUAAACAUCGAAGAUCUUCCAGUAUGUGGAAUGAAGAACUCUCACCAGCUAGCAGUACUGUUACUGAAUCGACUCAAUCAUACGAACUUAUGGGUACUUCAAAACUGGCACCAGGUGGGAUGACCCAAGACCAGAUGGACCUUCUUGUGGAGCAGGUUAAGAUGCUUGCUGGAGAGAUUGCAUUCAGCACUAGUACCCUGAAGCGCCUGGUGGAGCAUUCUGUAAAUGAUCCUGAUAACUCAAAAACUCAAAUCCAGAACUUGGAGCGAGAGAUCUGGGAAAAGAAGAGGCAAAUGAGAGUCUUAGAACAGCGCAUUAUUGAGAGUGGUGAGGCAUCAAUUGCUAAUGCCUCAUUGGUUGAUAUGCAGCAGACAGUAAUGAGAUUGAUGACCCAAUGUAAUGAAAAGGCUUUUGAGCUGGAGAUAAAAUCAGCUGACAACCGUAUUCUCCAAGAACAGCUUCAGAAUAAGUGUUCCGAGAACAAAGAAUUGCAAGACAAGGUGACUCUCCUAGAGCAUCGGUUGGCUUCACUCUCUGGUGAUAAAGCAUCAGUAAACUCUGAACACAACAUGUCUGAAGAAUAUGUGGAUGAAUUGAAAAAGAAAGUUCAGUCCCAGGAGAUUGAGAACGAAAAGCUAAAGAUUGGACAGGUUCAGAUUUCAGAGGAGAAUAGUGGAUUGCGGGUGCAAAAUCAGAAAUUGUCCGAAGAAGCUUCUUAUGCAAAGGAACUGGCCUCUGCUGCUGCAGUUGAGCUGAAAAAUUUAGCUGGUGAAGUGACAAAGCUCUCAUUACAGAAUGCAAAAUUGGAAAAAGAAUUGCUGGCUGCUCGAGAAUCUGUGCAUUCUAGAGGUGCUGGCAUGCAAUCAGUUAAUGGAGUUAACCGCAAGUUUAAUGAUGGCAUAAGACAUGGGAGGAAGGGGCGGUUCUCUGGCAGAGGAAAUGAUUUUUCAGGAAUGCAUUCUGAUGACUUUGAGUCGUGGAAUCUUGAUCCAGAUGAUUUGAAAAGGGAACUGCAGGCAAGAAAACAACGCGAAGCGGCACUGGAGGCAGCCUUGGCUGAAAAGGAAUUCAUAGAAGAUGAAUACAGGAAAAAGUGUGAAGAGGCAAAAAAAAGGGAGGGGGCUCUGGAAAAUGACUUAGCAAACAUGUGGGUGCUUGUUGCGAAGUUAAAGAGAGAGGAUAGUGCUAUCUUUGGGAUGAAUGCUGAUGAAAGGCAUAGUGAUGGUAUAGAUCACACUAGUGAUCCUAAAACAAAUGGUGUUGAAGUUGAUCGUAAUAGCAUCCUGAAAGAGAGAGAAGAUUUGGAUGCAUCACAAGUUGAUGAAACUCCCAAGGAAGAGCCCCUAGUUGUUCGGUUGAAGGCGCGGAUACAAGAGAUGAAGGAAAAGGAGCUCAAACAACUGGGAAAUGGAGAUGCUAAUUCCCAUGUGUGCAAAGUAUGUUUUGAAUCACCAACAGCAGCAAUUCUUCUCCCCUGUCGACAUUUUUGCUUGUGUAAAUCUUGUUCGCUUGCAUGUUCUGAGUGUCCAAUUUGUCGCACAAAGAUUGCAGAUAGGCUUUUUGCAUUUACUUGACAUUGCAGCUUGCACCCUCCAAACGAAGGGCUUUGUGGAUGUUUACCUGUUCACUACAUCGGUGGAACGGUGGUACAAUUCUUUUAUUAGUUUACUGUAUGUAAUUGUCAAAAAGGUAUAUCAAUAUAUUGUUUCUGAAUCUCACCCCCUCUUUGGGGCUGUAAAAUAAGACUUGAUCAAAGGUAAACAAACAAUCCGUACAUUCAAGAUGUUGCGUUAUUUUUAAACAUGCAGCAGAAUGUUGUGGUUUAUAACGCUGUAUAGAAACAAUGUAUGCUUCCAUGAGAAAGUGUCCUUCCCUGUGUAUCUGAGCAA